AUGAUUUUCACCCAAGAAAAUCAGUGGGCCUAUGAAUCUGCCUCUGAAUGUCAUAUCUGUGAGAAGCCAUUGAAUGGAGAUAAGGUGCGGGACCAUUGCCAUCUUACGGGAGUCUACAGAGGAGCAGCUCAUAAUGGAUGCAACAUCAAUUUCAAAUUUGCAAAUUUUCUACCUGUGGUCUUCCAUAAUCUGAAGGGAUAUGAUUCUCACCUCCUGAUGCAAGCGGUGGGAAAAUUCAAAGACGAAGAGAUUAAGUGUGUCUACCCUUAUGAGUACCUAGACUCGUUUGAGCGAUUUGAUGAGCCGCACCUUCCACCUCUCUCUGCCUUCUACAGCCAUUUAACAGAGAGUGAUAUCAACGAUGAGGAUUACCAACAUGCGAACAGAGUCUGGGAAGAUUUCGGAUUACGUCAUCUAGGAGACUACCACGACCUCUAUGUAAAAAGUGAUGUUUUGCUUCUGGCGGAUAUUUUUCAAAACUUCAGACGACUGUGCCUUGAUUUUUACAAACUGGAUCCGGCACACGUUUACACAGCACCUGGUCUGGCCUGGCAAGCUGCUCUACGCAUGUCCGACGUCCAACUGGAGUUACUCACCGAUCCUGAUAUGUAUCUCUUUAUAGAAAAGGGCAUUCGAGGUGGCAUCUCUAUCAUUUCACAUCGCUUCAGCCAAGCCAAUAAUAAAUAUAUGGAAAAUUAUGACCCAACGAAGCCAUCAUCUUAUAUUAUGUAUUUGGAUGCCAAUAACCUUUAUGGAUGGGCCAUGAGCCAAGCUUUACCAACCCAUGACUUCCGGUGGCAUGACGGACCUCUUAACUUCAUGGAGAUGGCUGACGAUGCGGAAGAAGGAUGUAUCCUUGAAGUUGAUCUGGAGUAUCCAAGGGAACUUCACGAUGAUCAUUCGGACUAUCCUCUUGCUCCCGAACAAGUCGUCGUGACUCCUGAUAUGUGGUCACCUUACACACGAGACCUGGCAACUAAAUUCCAAAUCCCACCGAGCAGUUCUACCAAACUGGUGCCAAAUCUGCGACCUAAGCAUCGGUACGUGAUACAUUACCGAAAUCUGAAGCAGUAUGUUUCACUGGGGUUUCACGUGACCAAGAUCCAUCGAGUGCUGACUUUCAAACAAUCUCCUUUGCUUGCAACAUACAUUGAAUUCAACACUAGGCAACGUAAACUGGCUAAAUCUUCAUUCGAAAAAGAUUUAUUUAAACUCUUAAAUAAUUCAGGUUUCAGAAAGACGACGGAAAAUCUCAGAAACGUACCUGCAUUGAUCUGGUUCAUCGAGAGAAACGAGCCAAGAAGUUAGUCGCUGCUCCAAUAUUUCAUUCCUUCAAGAUCAUCACUGACGAUCUGGCUGCCAUUGAGCGACGGAAAACCAGCUUGGUUCUGAAUCGUCCUAUCUAUGUAGGCUUCAGCAUUUUGGAUUUAUCAAAAACGUUUAUGUAUCAAUUUCAUUAUGGAUAUACCAAGAGAACGUAUGCAUCAAAAGCCCGUUUAUUAUUCACAGACACCGACAGUCUUUGUUACGAAAUAGAAACUGAUGAUAUUUUUCAAGACAUGGGCAACAAUCUGAACUUAUUCGAUACCUCAGAUUACCCAGAAAAUCAUCCCCUCUACAGCCUUACCAAUAAAAAGACGAUCGGUAAAAUGAAAGAUGAACUAUCUGGACAAAUUGCCCAAGAAUUUGUUGGACUCAAGCCAAAAAUGUACAGCCUACUGAGUAACUCUACUGAGAAAAAAACUGCUAAGGGCGUAUCGAAAACCAUCCUUAAAAGACAGAUUCGUCAUGUGGACUACGUUAACUGUCUUUUACAACAACGCGGCCUUGCCCAUGCGCAACGUAUUGCUAGCCACAGUCAUCAGAUAAAGACUGUGGCUUAUACGAAAGCUACUUUGUGUCCUUUCGAUACGAAACGGUAUCUUUUAGACGAUGGGAUAUCGUCCUAUGCAUACGGACAUUAUGCCAUAUAAUUUUUAGUUUGAAUAAUUUUAUCUCAAAAUUUAGAAGUAUUUUAUUGUGGAAAUUUAUGAUGUAAAUAAGUGUAAUGAUAUGUCUUCAAACUUUAAUAAAUGUUUAUUUAAAUAUAUUAUUUCUUGUUUUGUACUUUAAAAAACUAAGUCUUCAGUAAAGAGAGAGUUCUCUUA